AUGGCGGUGACGUCUCUCUGUAACGAAGCUAACAAAAUGGCGGUGACGUCUCUCUGUAACGACGCUAACAAAAUGGCGGUGACGUCUCUCUGUAACGACGCUAACAAAAUGGCGGUGACGUCUCUCUGUAACGAAGCUAACAAAAUGGCGGUGACGUCUCUCUGUAACGACGCUAACAAAAUGGCGGUGACGUCUCUCUGUAACGACGCUAACAAAAUGGCGGUGACGUCUCUCUGUAACGACGCUAACAAAAUGGAGAUGACGUCUCUGUAA